UUAUUGGAUACAUUUCAUAGAAUCUGAAUCGAGCGCAGAAUCUAACUCAUUGUCCUUCCUGGGUCGGAACUUUUCAGAGUCCAACCGAACCAGGGGCCCAGUGCCUGAACUCUCCCUGCUGCAGAGCUCAGAUCUCAGUCUGACAUGGAGUCUGCAGGCCAGAGGGGCCGGGAUGGAGGCAGCCAAAGACGUUCCCCCCUCGACGUCAUCAUGAGUCAGAUCCGCCGCAAACGUUCAGCAUCAGGCAGGAAGCCCCUGGGACGCUUCCUGUCGCGGACCUCCGACCGGACGGGGACCCCUGAGGAUGCAGAGUCUGAGAACAAAGGACGGAGUCCAGGUGCAGCGGCCUCAGUGGAAAACGAGCGUGAAGCAGGCUGGGGAAGAGUGUCUGUGUUCCUGCAGAAGCUGGGGAGGAAAGCAGACAGCAGGAUUCUCAGUUUGGCUAACUGUGAUCUGACGGCUACAGACCUGCUGGAGCUCGCGUCGUUGCUCCAGUUCCUCCCCCAGCUGGAGGAGAUGGACGUCUCAUGGAACGAGCUGAUUGGUGGAAGUCUGACGACGUUGACCUCUCACCUCCAGCAUGUGAGCAGGAUCAGGACCCUGAAGCUCUGCAGCUGCAGGCUGAAUGCAGACGACGUAGCUGCUCUGGGUGAAGCCCUGACUUCUGUCCCGCUUCUGGAGCUCCUAGAUUUAUCCUGGAACAGCAGUGUUGGUGGCGGCUCUUUGCAAAGCCUGCUGGGUAGGCUCCCUCCAUCGCUGCGUGAGCUCCACCUGGUGGCCUGUCAGCUCACUGCACUCGAUGCUGCUGCUCUGGGGGAGUUGAUGGCUAUUCUGCCAAAAAUCUGUGUGUUGGACAUCUCCUGUAACCCUGAGCUCACACAGGAAGCGGAGGGCGGUGGCUUCAGGGAGCUGGCCUCCUCCCUAUCUCACACCGUUUCCCUGACAACGCUGCGGCUGCAGGCCUGUGGGCUGACAGCGGACAGCCUCUAUGCUCUGGGUAAUUCCCUCCGCUGUCUCCCCUCUCUACGUGAGCUGGACCUAUCCCGUAACAGAGGCCUGGUCGGAGGCCUGGACCGGCUCACCUUUCACCUGCCUCACAUCACACACCUGGAGAGCCUCGACCUGCACCUCUGCUGCCUCCGGCACGCUGACCUUGAUGCUUUACUCCAGGCGCUGCCCUCUCUGACCGCGCUGUCGGAGCUCAACCUUUCGUCCAAUAAGGUGGUGGGAGGCGGGGUCCACGAGCUGGUGUCUGUGCUCCCACUGAGUCAGAUGAGGAGGCUGCCGCUCAACAACUGCAAGCUGAAUGAGGAGUCCUUCACUGCCCUGUCUCUGGUGGUGCCGUACCUGCGCAGCGUGGAUGUUUCCUGGUGUAAAGUGGUGGGCGGUCGCCUGCCGUUGUUGCUGGAUGCUCUGCAGCCGUCUGUCAUCUUGGAGCUGCGCCUCAGCAGCUGCAGCCUCACCACUGAUGACCUGCGUCACCUAGCUGACGUCUGCAGACGGGGCAGCGUCUCCUCCCUCAGAGUCCUGGACCUGUCCUACAACAGCUCGGUUGGAGACGCCGGCUGGGCGGCGCUCUUCGCGGCAGGAGGUUUGGGUUUGCUGGAGGAGGCAGACGUCAGCCUUCGACCCAUGACCUCUGCUCCCUGCUCGGCCUGGCUGCCCGCGCUGCUUGGUUCUCUGCCUCGAAUGCCGGCCCUGGCUCGGCUGGCGAUGCAGCGCUGGACGGUCGGUUCACAGGAGGGGCGACAGCUGCAGUACAGCGUGAAGAACAGAAACAUCCAACUGGAGUGGGAUCCAGAGGUCACAGACGGGAAGACGAGCGGGCAGGAGGAGAGUCAGCCUGAGGAGUAAUUGGUGUUUUUGGAACACAAAGAUUUCAACAAACUCUAAAUUUAGUCUGAAACAAACAGAACUCUCUGCCACCAGGAAGGUAUAAGCCGUUCAUUAUUGUCCAAAAUAUUAUGACUUUUAUAAAACAUUUCAUAGUGUGAUACGUAAAGUGACUGAUGCACAUUUAAUAAGCACUAAUAUUUUAACAACUUGAAAAGAAACUUGAUUAUGUAGCAGAAAAAAGUAAAUUUGUGUGUUGAACAUAUUUAAUGACUUUUAUUCCAGCCUUAUGUCUGGACACUUUUACAUGGAAAUAUUACAUUUGCACUUCCUAAUAAAA